CUCCAUCAAAAGCCUCCAACGGCAGCCGCGGGGCCGCGCCGGGGCCAUGGCCGAGGGCAGGAGCGGCAGCGCCGGGCUCUUCGCCAGGCAGGUCCAGAAGCGCUUCAGCCGCGCCCAGGAGAAGGUUUUGCAAAAAUUGGGCAAAACGGUGGAAACCAAAGACGAACAGUUCGAGCAGAGCGCCUACAACUUCCAGCUGCAGCAGAAUGAGGGGCACAAACUCUACAAGGACCUCAAGGGGUUCGUGGGAGCCGUGAGAGUGAUGCACGAGAGCUCCCGCAGAGUGGCCGAGACGCUGCAGGAGAUUUACAGCCCCGAGUGGGACGGGCACGGGGAGCUCCGAGCCAUCGCCGAGAGCAAUGACCUCCUGUGGGAUGACUACGAGGCGAAACUGGCCGACCAAGCCCUGCGGCUGAUGGAGAAUUACCUGGCCCAGUUCGGGGACUUUAAGGAGCGCAUCGCCAAGCGGGGCCGAAAGCUCGUGGACUACGACAGCGCCCGGCACCACCUGGAGGCUCUGCAGAGCGCCAAGAAAAAGGACGAGGCCAAAAUCGCCAAGGCUGAGGAGGAGUUCAACAAAGCCCAGGCCGUGUUCGAGGACCUGAACAGGGACCUGCGGGAGGAGCUGCCGGUCCUGUACGGCAGCCGCAUCGCCUGUUACGUCACCGUUUUCCAGAACAUCUCCAACCUCCGCGACGUCUUCUACAAGGAGAUGAGCAAGCUCAACCGGGACCUGUACGAGGUGAUGAGCAAACUGGAGAAGCAGCACUCGAGCAAGGUGUUCAUCAUCAAAGGUGUCCCCAGUAACCGCCGCUCGCUGGUCAUCUCCGCGCCCGUGAGCCCCCCGGCCGUGUUCCCCUGCCCGGACAAGGCGCCCGUGCUGGACGCGGAGGUGACACCGGCGUCCCCCGGCGGGGACAGCGCUGCCCCCGAUGCCAACGGGGACCUGGGGGCGGCUUCCCCCGGGCCCCCCCCGGCUUCGCCCGCCAGCGGGGGCUCCCUGGACACGGAGUCGGUGUCCAGCGAGGAGACCGCGGAGCCGGGACCUGGCCGCGACAACGAGCAGGGGACAUCGGGGACAGUGUCGGUGUCCAGCGAGGAGACUCCGGAACCCGGCCCCGGCAGCGAGCAGGGGACAUCGGGAACAUCGGGGACAUCGGGGACAGCGUCGGCGUCCAGCCAAGAGACCGCGGAGCCCGGCCCUGGCCGCGACAACGAGCAGGGGACAUGGGUGACAGUGUCCAGGGAGGAGAGGGUCUCCGACCCCGGCUCUCUGUCCCCUGCUCAGGAGACAUCGGCGACAGCCGCGGAGCCGGGGGGUGACAGCGGAGCGCGGGGGGGCGCCGAGGGCAUCGCCACCUCCCUGGCGUCACUGAUUUUAUCCGAGGCCAUCGCCCAGGCCACCGGCACCUCGUCACCAGGAAAAGCCGCGGAGCCGGCAGGGGACAGCACGGCCAGCAGCGCCCGGGGCCGCUCCCCCAGCACAGCUGUCCCCCGCCGUGUCCCCGGUCCCCCGGAGCCGUGCCAGCUCGGCGGGGACACCGAGCACAGCGCGGAGGUGGCGGAUGCCGAGCCGCAGGGCUGUUCCGCGACACCGGAGCAGGACACGAGCCGGGACCCCUCAGACCCUUCCCAGGAUCCCCCCGAGUCCCUCAGCGCCCUGUGACCCCACGGGAAAUGCGGCGUCUUCCCCAAAUUUAUUCCCCAGAAUGCAUUUCCCAGCCCCCAUCCCCCCAUAAAUAAAGAUGGAAGAGGAGGCAAAA